CAGAUCAGUACUAAUCAACGAUCUGAGCCGAGUGGACGCUUGUAACUGAUUGCUCUCUACAUUUCGUUACAAAAAAAUAAGCCUCAAAAACUUGUUUCAAAGCUUCAGCUUCCACAAAAAAAGGAAGAAUCAUUCAAUUAAUUCGUGUGUGAUUGAAAGGUUUUCGAUUUGGUGUGGCACUUACAGCGUGUUCUUUCUAUGGUGAAUUAACCGCCAAGAAUCAACAUUACCGAGCAACUUGUGAUAGUGCGCGAUUAAAGGCCAAGCACAGCAACGGCAAGAUUAAGUGACGGUUAAUAGCGCUGCACUUGAACUGCAUUUGCCAAUCAAAGUCGCGUGUUGCGUAAUAACUUUUGUAUUUUGCGCGCGCAAACUUUUGGGCGUGGGAUUAAAUCGCGAGUGAUUUGUUUUUUGCUGAGUUUGAAUAUUUCGGUCAACACUGAGUAUAGUCAAGUUGUCGUGAACGGGUUUUUUUUGGAAAGUUGCAGAGUUCGACAAAAAAAAUGAGUGACAAGGUUUGCCAAAAUGGAAAUGGAACGGCGGCGAAGCCUUUGACGAAUGGAAUCGCCAACGGCGUUGACGAGAAAAACGAGGAGAAAAUUGCGGGCGUUUUCUACAAUGCGAAGGAGGCAUCCUGGUACACCUACGACGUGCUGCAAGAAAUCGCGAACCACCUGCUGGCGCGAACGCAGCUACGGCCAAAAAUCGGCAUCAUUCUCGGAACCGGUCUGGGCUCGCUGGCCAACCAGCUGACCGACGCCGACUACAUCGACUACCAGACGAUUCCGCACUUUCCGGUGUCCACCGUCGAGGGCCACGUGGGCCGGCUGAUCUUCGGGUACCUGAAGGGCGUGCCGGUGAUGUGCAUGCAGGGCCGGUUCCACUACUACGAGGGAUACCCGCUGGCCAAGUGCGCCAUGCCGGUUCGGGUGAUGAAGCUGGUCGGAUGCAGCCACCUGAUUGCCACGAACGCCGCCGGUGGGCUGCACCCGGACUACAAGGUCGGGGACAUCAUGCUCAUGAAGGACCACAUCAACAUCAUGGGCUUCGCCGGCAAUAACCCCCUGCAAGGACCGAACGAUUCCCGCUUUGGACCGCGCUUCCCGAACAUGUUCAACGCGUACGACUUCAAGCUGCUGAAGAAGGCCAAGGAAAUCGGCCGGGACAUUGGCAUCGAGAACAACCUGCACGAGGGCGUGUACAUCUGUCUGGGUGGGCCCAACUUUGAAACGGUGGCCGAGCUGAAAAUGCUUCGAAUUUGGGGCGUCGACGCGGUCGGAAUGUCGACGGUGCACGAAAUCACCACCGCCGUCCACUGCGGAAUGACCUGCUUUGCGUUCAGCUUGAUCACGAACCUGUGCAUUCCGAGUUAUGACCUGGAGGAGUCACCCUGCCACGAGGAUAUUGUUGGAAUUGGCAAACGGCAAGAGAACACCUUGACCGAGCUGGUCUCGCGGAUGGCCAAACAUAUUCACAUGGAACUGAAGAAGUAAACGGUGCCGGAAAACGGGAGAAUAAGUCCGCAGAGGUCUCUUAGGAUAAGAUGGAAUUCGAUUUCACGCAUUCAGUUCAUAAUUUCGCAUUUCUCUUUUAAAAUUACGAGAUUAAAUAGGCUUAAGAUGAUAAGUUUUAAUUUCUAGAACAUUUGAAAUGUACACCCUAAUUCUAGAUGUGUUAUGAAAGUGCCGACAAAUAUACUCUAUAAAUAUGCGUUUUUACCAAUAA